ACACAAACUCAUUCAUCAUUGUCAGCUUGGACUUGCGACUUGUGCAUUACUCCUCGCUGAAGCUAUGGCGUCUGCUGCCAACGCGGUGGUGUCAGUUGUAGCUGUUCGUGGCAUAGACUUAAUCGUUCCCCGACGAUGCCAACGUAAUCAACGAAUCUCUCUUUCAAACCUGCGAGCCAACAACGUUGCAACUCUCGCUCUUCCAUCGCGUCGCUUCUCAAGCGGAGAUUCUGCGGAUUGGCCCAACUUCACUGGGAGAGCGAGGGGAAGCUCACGGAUUGCCGUGGCUGGGGUAGCGACGGGUCAAGGAGGCGCCGUUUCUGACGUGGAGAAGCUCAAAGACAACAUCCUGCGCCUCGUAGCGCCCUUGGAUCGGGGAAUAGCCGCGUCGCCGCAGCAAGCCAAGGAGGUUGAAGCUGCCGUGAGCCACCUCGAGCUCGCCGCCUCUCCGCUCGACUUCUCCCCGCCUCCGCCGCCAGAGGAGGACCACAUCGGCGGACUGGCAAGCAGGGCGCGCGCGGAGGGGAAGGCGGGGAAGAGCGAAAGGGACGCGGGCGCGGGCGUGGGGGGCGUGGGCGGGGGGGUGAGUCACGAUCUGGCUCUGCUGGACGGCACGUGGCGGCUGGUGUACAGCAGUGGGUUCGUUUCGGGCAGCCUUGGCGGACUCAGGCCUGGCCCGCCUGCCGGAGGGCCGGUUUCCAUUGGGCAGGUGACACAGCGUGUGGAUGUGACUGCAAAGGAGCUGGAUAAUAUAGUGGAGCUCAGGAUCAGUGCUCCCUGGCCCCUGCCAGCACUGGAGGCCACUGCCUCACUGCAGCACACGUUCAAACUCACAGGACCGUCAUCUAUCCGCAUUAUCUUUGAGAGCACAGCUGUGAGGCCUAAGGGCUCAUUCCCUCCGCCCUUCAGUGUUCCUCAGUUACCUGCUUUCCUCCGCCCACCGCCUGAGGUGCGCAGCGGGGAUUUCAGCACCACGUAUCUUGAUGGCGACUUCCGAGUCAGCAGAGGCGACAGGGGGGAAGUGAGGGUAUUUGUUCGAGCCUGAUGUGGUGUGAAAUGCUGUCAACAUUGUACCUAAUGCGGGUUUCUUUUUUAUUUAUGGAUUAGAGUGCAUAUGCUAUCAUCA